CGCACGCGUGGCGUCAGGGACACGCCGCCCUCCCCGAACCGACAUUUAUAAAGCUUCGCGGCGGGCUUCCCCAUGGCACGGAGGACUUCGGCCCAUUCACUUCCUGUCGUCGGCAUCCCUCCUCGCGAUCUACGAUCUACGCCCCGGCCAUGUCUGAGUACGGAAUGCACGAGGCGCCUGCGGACGUCGUCGUCGCGAACAAUGACGAGCUCGUACGCAAGCUCGACGCGAACGUCAUCGCCGAUGCCGCGAAGGCGGACGCGCAGGAGCACAAGAUGACCGUACGCGAAGCGUUUAUCAUCCAUCGGAGGGCCAUCUUCUGGAGCAUGGCUCUUUCUGCCGCCCUGAUAAUGGAAGGUUACGACGUUGUCGUGAUCGCCUCCUUCUACGGUCAACCCAACUUCCUCAAGCGCUUCGGCGUCCCCGCGCCCAACACCGACGCCGGUUACGUGAUCCCGGCCGAAUGGCAGUCCGCGCUUUCGAACGGUUCUUCCGCAGGCGGCAUCAUUGGCUUGCUGGUCAACGGUUGGGCUGCGGACCGCUUCGGGCCCAAGAUCGUAAUGAUGUGUUCGAUCGUCGCGCUCACAGGCUUCAUCUUCAUCAUGGUCUUUGCCAAGUCGCUCACGAUGCUCGUCAUUGGCGAGGUCUUUUGUGGCAUUCCAUGGGGCGUCUUCCAAACGCUGACGACCGCGUACGCGUCCGAAGUGUGCCCGAUCCAGCUUCGUGGAUACCUCACCACGUACGUGAACCUUUGCUGGGGCGUCGGCAUCCUGCUCUCGUCUGGCGUCGUAAAGGCCACCCUCAACAUCAACAGCGACUGGAGUUGGCGCCUACCGUUCAUCAUCCAGUGGGUGUGGAUCGUCCCACUCUUCCUCAUCGUCUACUUCUGCCCACCCUCGCCGUGGUGGCUCGUACGUAAAGGCCGGCUCGACGAGGCCGAGCAAUCGAUCAUGCGCCUCACAAACCCUGCCGUCUACACCUCUGAUCAGGCGAAGAGCACCGUCGCAAUGAUGGUGCACACGAACGAGCUCGAAAAGCAGGCAGCCGCAGGAACGACCUACUUCGACUGCUUCAAGGGCACGGACCGCAGGCGGACGGAGGUGGUGAUGAUGGUGUUCGCGAUGCAGCUUCUGAGCGGAGAGAACCUGAUCGGCCAGGGUGUGCAAUUCUUGCAGACGGCGGGGAUCUCGACCAGCUUGUCGUUCAGCUUGAACAUGGUCCUCAACUCGAUGUUCAUCAUCGGAACCAUCAUUUCUUGGGGCUUGAUCACCUGGUUCGGUCGACGCACGUUGUAUACGGCCGGGAUGGCGAUCAUGGCCGUCGUCCUCUUCAUCAUCGGCGGGCUCGGCUUUAUCGGAACCAACUCGUCGACGAUGGCCAUCGGCUCGCUGCUUAUCGCGCUCAACUUCAUUUACAACUCCACGCUAGGCCCGAUCUGCUACACGCUCAUCGGCGAGAUCUCGUCCACGCGUCUGAGGCAGAAGUCGAUCGUGCUGUCCAGGAUAUCGUACCAGAUCAUGAACAUCGUGUGUGGGAUCAUCGUCCCGCGCAUGCUUUCGCCAACAUCCUGGAACUGGGGACCCAAGUCCGGCUUCUUCUGGGCGGGCAGCGCCACGCUGUCGACGCUGUACUGUUUCCUCAGGUUACCGGAAACCAAGGGGAGGAGUUAUGGAGAGCUUGACCUGCUGUUCGAGAGCAAGACGCCGGCGUGGCGAUUCAAGUCGACGAAGGUCGAUCAAUUUGGCACUCACCACCAUGGCUCGGUCCACCCGGAUACCAAGGAGGAAAUUCACCACUUGGAAUGAGCAUAAAGCAUCCCAGGUGCCCAGGUGCCGUGUGCCUGAUCAUUAAGCAAUGUUAACUUUCGAUUUUGUGCCUGUAAUCUCACUGUAUAUGCCGGCUCACGACGUAAUGCACUCUCUUGCUUGUAUCAUAGUCGGGUAAUCGUAGCCAUGAUCUGUGUUGUCUCUCCGGAUCCUGUACUGACGGCCAUGCCACACAUUCUGAGUGCUGUCAUUA